ACCUCGCCGACUGAGGAACCGAGGGGCCCGAAAAACAAGUGGCACAAGAAACGCCACAUUGCUCUUUCGCACCUGACCAGCCUGAGAGCAAGACUACACUUCCCAGCAGCCCCCGCGCGGCGCUCACAGCCCUGCCACGCGGCUUGCGUCUCCGCCGUCGACCCACUGGGGGCGCUGCGGCGACCCCCUCCACCACCCCGUAGAAAUCUCCGCGGCCCCGGGGCCGCUUGCUUCCUGUUUGUCGGAGGAGGAGAUAUGGCGGCGGCUCCGGCGGCUCCUGGGUCUGGGGCCGGCCGAGGACGAAGGGCGGCAGCAACGGUGGCGGCUUGGGGCGGAUGGGGCGGCCGGCCGCGGCCCGGCAAUAUUCUGCUGCAGCUGCGGCAGGGCCAGCUGACCGGCAGGGGCCUGGUCCGGGCCGUGCAGUUCACUGAGACUUUUUUGACGGAGAGGGACAAACAAUCCAAAUGGAGUGGAAUUCCCCAGCUGCUCCUUAAACUGUAUGCAACCAGCCACCUCCACAGUGACUUUGUUGAGUGCCAAAACAUCCUCAAGGAAAUUUCUCCUCUUCUCUCCAUGGAAGCUAUGGCAUUUGUUACUGAAGAGAGGAAACUUACCCAAGAAACCACUUAUCCAAAUACUUAUAUUUUUGACUUGUUUGGAGGUGUUGAUCUCCUUGUAGAAAUUCUUAUGCGGCCUACAAUCUCUAUCCGGGGACAGAAACUGAAAAUAAGUGAUGAAAUGUCUAAGGACUGUUUGAGCAUCCUGUAUAACACCUGUGUCUGUACGGAAGGAGUUACAAAGCGUUUGGCAGAAAAGAAUGACUUUGUGAUCUUCCUGUUUACACUGAUGACAAGUAAGAAGACAUUCUUACAAACAGCAACCCUCAUUGAAGAUAUUUUGGGUGUUAAAAAGGAAAUGAUCCGACUAGAUGAAGUCCCUAAUCUGAGUUCCUUAGUAUCCAAUUUUGAUCAGCAGCAGCUUGCUAAUUUCUGCCGGAUUCUGGCUGUCACCAUUUCAGAGAUGGAUACAGGGAAUGAUGACAAGCAUACGCUUCUUGCCAAAAAUGCUCAGCAAAAGAAAAGCUUGAGCUUGGGACCUUCUGCAGCUGAAAUCAACCAAGCGGCCCUUCUCAGCAUCCCUGGCUUUGUUGAGCGGCUUUGCAAGCUGGCGACUCGAAAGGUGUCAGAGUCAACGGGCACAGCCAGCUUCCUUCAGGAAUUGGAAGAGUGGUACACAUGGCUAGACAAUGCUUUGGUGCUGGAUGCCCUGAUGCGAGUGGCUAAUGAGGAAUCCGAGCAUAAUCAAGCCUCCAUUGUGUUCCCUCCUCCAGGCGCUUCUGAGGAGAAUGGCCUGCCUCACACUUCAGCUAGGACCCAGCUGCCUCAGUCAAUGAAGAUCAUGCAUGAGAUCAUGUAUAAACUGGAAGUACUUUAUGUCCUCUGCGUGCUACUGAUGGGGCGCCAGCGAAACCAGGUUCACAGAAUGAUUGCAGAGUUCAAGCUGAUCCCUGGGCUCAAUAAUUUGUUUGACAAGCUGAUUUGGAGGAAGCAUUCAGCAUCUGCCCUUGUCCUCCAUGGUCACAACCAGAACUGUGACUGCAGCCCGGACAUCACCUUGAAGAUACAGUUUUUGAGGCUUCUCCAGAGUUUCAGCGACCACCACGAGAACAAGUACCUGCUGCUCAACAACCAGGAACUCAACGAACUCAGUGCCAUCUCUCUCAAAGCCAACAUCCCCGAGGUAGAAGCUGUCCUUAACACUGACAGGAGUUUGGUGUGUGACGGGAAGAGGGGGCUGUUAACUCGUCUGCUGCAGGUCAUGAAGAAGGAGCCGGCCGAGUCGUCGUUCAGGUUUUGGCAAGCCCGGGCUGUGGAGAGUUUCCUCCGAGGGACCACCUCCUAUGCAGACCAGAUGUUCCUGCUGAAGCGAGGCCUUCUGGAGCACAUCCUGUACUGCAUUGUGGACAGUGAGUGCAAGUCAAGGGAUGUGCUCCAGAGUUACUUUGAUCUCCUGGGGGAGCUGAUGAAGUUCAAUGUUGAUGCAUUCAAGAGAUUCAAUAAAUACAUUAACACUGAUGCAAAGUUCCAGGUGUUCCUGAAGCAGGUCAACAGCUCGCUGGUGGACUCCAACAUGCUGGUGCGCUGCGUCACCCUGUCCCUGGACCGAUUUGAGAACCAGGUUGACGUGAAAGUUGCCGAGGUCCUGUCGGAGUGCCGCCUGCUUGCCUACAUAUCCCAGGUGCCCACACAGAUGUCCUUCCUUUUCCGCCUCAUCAACAUCAUCCACGUGCAGACGCUAACCCAGGAGAAUGUCAGCUGCCUCAACACCAGCCUUGUGAUCCUGAUGCUGGCCCGACGGAAAGAGCGGCUGCCCCUGUACCUGCGGCUGCUGCAGCGGAUGGAGCACAGCAAGAAGUACCCUGGCUUCCUGCUCAACAACUUCCACAACCUGCUGCGCUUCUGGCAACAACAUUACUUGCACAAGGACAAGGACAGCACCUGCCUGGAGAACAGCUCCUGCAUCAGCUUCUCAUACUGGAAAGAAACCGUGUCCAUCCUGUUGAACCCAGACCGCCAGUCACCCUCUGCCCUUGUCAGCUACAUUGAGGAGCCCUACAUGGACAUAGACAGGGACUUCACCGAGGAGUGACCGUGGGCCAGGCCUCAGAAGGCUGCUGGGCCAGGGCCAGUGCGGGUGAGCAUGGGUAUGCGUGCCGCACGCCCUGCCCUGCGCCCGCCCCUCCCCUGCCUCCCUGCUGCUGCCUGCCCGCCCCUGGUACAGGGUCUUCAGGUACAGGCUUGGUGGAGAGAGCAUCUAGCAGCCCCUGGCCCUGGGUCUGAGGGCCCUGGUCACUGGGGAUCCUCCAUUUCCUCAGGGUCCUUAUGGUGAGGAUGUGGCACUGUGCCACCCUCCAGAAGCCUAGGGCCCUGGCCCACCCAGAACUAGAGGGACUUUUAAAAAUAGCUCUGUGUGAGCUCCUGCCCAGUCUCUUGGCUGUCAGGCCUGGGGUGGGGAGGGAGAUAAGGGCACCCUCACCCGAUCUGUGAGCCAAGCUUGCCCUAGCCUUUGGCCCCGGCAAAGGCUUCUGAGCCUGUGGGCAGGGGUGGGGUCCGCCAGAGGACGCUGCCUUCCCCCGUGCCUGCCCAUCUGCCCUGCCCUUCCUCCGUCCCUCAUUUUCCUUUAGCUCCUCUGGUUCUGUUUGCUCAUUGGCCGCUGUGUUCAUCCCAGGGGGGGGUCCCCCCAAAAAAGGGGACCUUUUUCUUCCAUCCCUUGAGGACAGGGUGACUGCCUUGCCCCGGGGCAGUGUCUCCUGCCUGAGCCCACAUGCACAGGAGCAUGGCUGGGAGCGCACCCUUGGCCCCUCCUUGUGUUGCCAAUUUAUUAACAACAAAUAAACCAAUUAAAUGGAGACUAUUAAAGAACUUUAUUUUAAA